GUAUGACCGCAGCAUUGUGGUCUCCAAGUCGACGAUCUGUUCAGCCCCGAUAUCGACUCAGCCUUGCAAAAGCGAUCAGCUUUCUCUACUUCAGCCAAAGGCCUCCCCUUUUGAUUGUCCAGAUUGGUUUUGGAUCGGUUGCACCUCAUCAUGAACGAAUUAAUAAAGCGGCUCGGAAGCAUAGAAGUUCUGCAAUGGUCUGAAGGCAGCGUGCUAAUCAUCUUUGUUCAAGCCCCAGAUCCUGCGGGUUCUGAACCUUCGAAGGGCAACAAUGCUGAUUGGACUGUAGAACAUCUAGGCGAUGAGGCCUUGGAACAGUGUACUACCGCGAAAUGGACUUGUCGCGACCUCGACCCACUGGGCAGACUUGGACCCGAACUUGAGCGGUACGGAAUUCGACUCAUACAGGCUUCUGGGUCUGCAAUACAUCUUUCACUAAAACACAUCGUGUUUGUGGGUGACGGACUAGGCAGUCUGGUAGUUCUGCAGGCACUUUCGUCCAUCGUAUCUCACCCUCAGCCCAUGGGCAAUGUCGCUACCUGUUUCUUUGGUGCUAUGCUUGUGGGCAUACCGCCUAAGGGUGACAAGGGUCCCCUGACGAGGGAAUGGCUUGAGCUUGAGCCCACGUUGGAUUCGCUCUAUGAGAAGACUGCUAAUUUCCACGCACCGUUGUCUGUGUUUGAGGACUUUGGAGAACUAUUCAUCAAAGAACUUCAGAAUCUAAUCAAGAACCUCGACGGAAAGGGUGAUUUUCUUCACAAUGCGCUUCGAUCAGGCCUUUCCCCAAGCGAAUAUGUGCUCAGCAAUCGACAAGCAUUGACCGACCACGAUAUCAUGGAAGCUUUGCAUCUAGCUCAAUGGCAUGCGACAAAGGAGGCUGGCAGAAUCAGCUCGAGCCAUUUGGAUGGGUCCAUCGAUUGGAAAAUUUGGGACACACUCGCAGAACGCAUAGAUAUCUGCUCAAGCAUCGAAAGCGAGUUCUGGUGUAACGCCAAUAUCCGCCGCGAUUUUGACAUACCGCAAAGUGUCGACUUUGGCGGUACCAAAAUCGCUCUUUUGAGUUGGGAAUUGCCAGAAGCGGUGAGGGACUGGGAUCUUAGUCGACAGCUAUCUGACUACUUGGACUCCAUCUCCAUCUCCGGACGAGAUGGUCGUUUUGAGGCCUUAGAUUGCAACACAUAUUUGCGAAAGUAUUGGGGCAACCUUGGUGUCCGAAUAGCUUCGCUCUUGUUAACCGCAGCAGCACAAGUAUACUGGGAUAAGGGCGAGACUAUAACGCUACCCGUAGAUGACAAGGACGGCCUCGUGGUAUUUGCUUUCCCCACUCACGUCCUGCUCUUGACAGAAUACAAGGAUACGUAUCUCGAUUCGCGAUUCUGUGAGAUAGCUCAAUGGUUCUGCCAGACAUUCCGGAUACCCAAGACGGAGGAGAAGGAAAUUGAUCAAGGACUGCAAAUAUCACGCAGUAUCGCACUUGACCAUCGCCUCCUCGGAGAAGAGCGGUCUGGAGAUUUGUGUUUCCUCCUUCAACCGCUCAUGCCUUUCAACCCUUCUCGUGCUGAUUGCUGGACGUCGCUGUUCAAGCUUGGCAUCGUAGCAGAGAUAUCUGACGAUAAAUUUGUCCCGCUUGAUGAUUUCGAGGGCAUUGAGAUUGACUUUCAGCUCAUGGUAUCCCUUGCCGCGGUUACAUCAUAUUACUGGCUUGAGACUGACCAUACUGCUGGGUUCAUACUUCUUGGAUUCUUCACGGCUCUUGUACCUGUAUCGAUGCAUACGUCUGGUGCCAUCGAAUGGCACUUCGAGUCGAACUACCCAAAGGUGCUUGAAUCCAUACAAUUGGAUCACCAAACAGCUCCUCCUGAAUUUCUAUGCCCCUUGGACUUAGAGUCAACACAAGGACUCUGGGUACCAAUCAAGGACACCACUCGACUUCACACCAAGCGAUGUUUUGUUGGUCUUUGGCCGCAGGCAGAGGUCUUCCUAGGUUCUGAAGGUGCUGAGUAUGCCCUGGGUGAAAGCAAUCUUCCGUGUUUGUCAAAGGCUCUACACUUCGAAGGAGCUGAGCUCGCAGGAGCACUCGGAGGCGCAGCUGGUCCUGUGCAGCCAAUCUUCCAGGGGACCGCAGUGUAUAAGCUCCGCAGCCAUGUCCAACAAUUCGAAAAAGCCACCUGCUACGCUGCUGCACUCAACAUCUUGACUAGACAAGUCGCACUGGUGUACGAUCGGCAGUCCGAUAUUGGAUGGCUCGUACCUCAACUGAGCCUUCUGUUGCAUCUGUGUCAUGUAUAUUACGCCAUGCAUCAUGGUACAUCCGGCCAACCGGAUCCGAUACCAUGGGCAUUACCCUCUUCUGACGGCGCUUCAGCUGCCCUUGAAGCAUUUUCUGGUAGCAAUGAGGUCGUGGUCACUAGCCAUGGACCACACAAGAAGGUCUUGCUUGAGAAUGUCCUCCUGACCUUGAACGCCAACUUCAUGCAGACACACAGGACCAAACGAUCGCCAACACCAACCAUUGUGGGUUCCAAGAAGCUCUACUUUUCGGAACUCAUGGACCAGGUGACUCAACCGCCUGGUGGUAGUCCAUUGAGAGUGCUCAAAACCUCAAAGCUGCCUGCCACCAAAGCAUGGCUUGACAUCAUCAAUCAUGUAGAUGCCCUCUUCGUGUGCAAGAAUAUUGGCCAGGCCAUUGGAUUCGCAGGUAUUCUCUGUCCUUCUAACAACACAUCCAACCCGAAUGGACCAUCUGGACCGCCAACUUCUGUCGCUGACUGUCAGUGCUCUGAAAUACCUCAUGGUCAAGGCUAUCUCGUAGCCCACAACAAAUGUUUGCGGCGUGUUCUAUCGAGGAGUCCGCUGGCCUGCAAUCUUGCAGGACAGCCUUUCGACCCGCAAAAUAAGCACAGUCUAUGGACAUGUCCUGUUCAAGUCUUGCAGAACCUUGAGAAGCUCGACAGUCACAAGGAACGUGUAGCGAAUCCACCACCUGGGGGCCCUCCCGAGGGCGCUAUUGUAUUUGGUCGUUUGAAAGGCUCUUGGUUCUAAAUAGAUCGUCUUUUCUGCUCUCUUCUCUUCGCAAUGGAAUACAUAGUCGCUUGCAAUGCUUUCAAAU